AUGUUAUCUCGUGUAGGACGUUCUGCGAUACGUAGUGUGCGUUGUAUGGCAACUGAUGCCAAGAAAGCACCAACUGCUUCAGUGGGUCAAAUCACACAAAUUAUUGGUGCUGUUGUAGACGUUCAAUUUAAAGAUAAUCUACCACCAAUUCUAAAUGCUUUGGAAAUUAAAACUCAAGACAAUACACGUAUUGUAUUGGAAGUUGCGCAACAUUUAGGUGAGAAUACGGUGCGUACUAUUGCAAUGGAAGGUACGGACGGUCUUGUACGUGGUCAAGAAUGUGUGGAUACGGGUAAUCCGAUUAUGGUUCCAGUGGGUCCCGAAACGCUUGGACGUAUUAUGAACGUAAUUGGCGAAUCAGUUGAUGAACGUGGACCUAUUAACGCUAAGCGUCAUGCUCCUAUUCAUACAUCAGCUCCUCUAUUAACCGAGCAGGGAUCAGGUGCGGAGAUUUUGGUCACGGGUAUGAAAGUUGUGGAUCUAUUGGCUCCAUACGCUAAAGGCGGUAAAAUUGGUCUUUUUGGUGGUGCUGGUGUUGGUAAAACGGUUGUGAUUAUGGAAUUGAUUAACAAUGUUGCCAAUAACCACGGUGGUGUCUCGGUGUUUGCUGGUGUUGGUGAACGUACACGUGAGGGUAAUGAUCUAUACUAUGAGAUGAUUGAAUCGGGUGUGAUUAAGAUUAAUGACGAUGGCACGACAACUGGUUCUAAGGCUGCUCUUGUGUAUGGCCAAAUGAACGAGCCUCCUGGAGCUCGUGCCCGUGUCGGUCUGACUGGUCUAACUGUUGCCGAGUACUUCCGUGAUGUGGAAGGCCAGGAUGUGUUGCUUUUCGUUGACAACAUUUUCCGUUUUACUCAAGCGUGCUCAGAGGUGUCGGCUCUGCUAGGUCGUAUUCCGUCUGCUGUGGGCUACCAGCCGACGCUGGCGACGGAUCUUGGUGCGCUGCAGGAGCGAAUUACCUCAACCAAGAAGGGCUCCAUUACCUCGGUGCAGGCUAUUUAUGUGCCGGCUGAUGACCUUACGGACCCUGCUCCGGCCACAACGUUCUCCCAUUUGGACGCUACGACCGUGCUAUCGCGUCAGAUUUCCGAGCUGGGUAUCUACCCGGCUGUGGACCCUCUCGACUCCAAGUCGCGUAUGCUUGACCCCCGUAUUAUCGGUCAGGAGCACUACGACGUGGCCCGUGCUACUCAGAAGCUGCUGCAGGACUACAAGGGUCUGCAGGACAUUAUUGCCAUUCUUGGUAUGGAUGAGCUGUCGGAAGACGACAAGCUCACCGUGGCUCGUGCCCGUAAAGUGCAAAAGUUUAUGUCGCAGCCUUUGCACGUUGCUGAGGUGUUUACGGGCAAGCCGGGCAAAUUCGUGCCACUUGUGGACACGAUUUCGUCGUUCAAGGACAUCAUUGCCGGCAACUACGACGAUCUUCCGGAGGCUGCCUUUUACAUGGUUGGCGGCAUCGAGGAGGUAAAGGCAAAGGCUGCUGCCUUGGCGGCCGAGCUUGACGAAUAA